AUGUAUUAUUCUACAAAUAAUGGUGGAAAACGUUUGUUACAAUCAGCAAUUCCUACUAUUUUUAACAUCCCAAAUCCUCCUCCACUUCUUGAUUCUAAAAGGAAACCACCAGUUGACAUCAUUCAGUUCCAGCUUCAAGCAUUUGGAAAAUUGGUUGAAGAUUAUGCCAUAAAUGUAAAUGUUACAUGGGUAACGAUAACAAAAAAUAUUGCAGACGAACUCACAGGAGUGCCAACAAAAUGGAUAAAAAACAAAGUUGCAACGCAUGAAUCUAUCUGUAAACUAUGCAAAAGUGAUUUAAAAUUCAGUUCAGUUUGUUUCCAAGCACUGUAUCAGCAUUCUUCAAAACCUAAACAUAAGUCAGUGUCUGAUUUAAGAUUUUCAAAAACUGCUUGUCAUUUAUAUGUAGAUUCUAACAAAAACUCUAUUGGGGGAGAAAAAGUUAUACAAUUAGAGUUCUCUAUAAAUGAAAAAAUUUCUGCUGCAGAAGCCAUGUGGCUUUUUAAAGUGGCAGAGAAUGAUCUUGCCUUAAGACAUUGUGACAACACACCAAUAUUGUUCCAAAGAAUGUUUCCAGAUAGUAAAAUAAGUCAAGGUUUUACUAUGAGUCGGCAAAAAGCUUCAUAUAUUUUGCAAGAUGGCCUUGGGCCAUUGUUGGAAAAGCGUUUAUGUAAUAGUAUCACGUUAAGUCAAGGUGCAUUAACUUUAAUGUUUGAUGAAACAACUACUUCACAACAAAGAAAACAAAUGGAUCUUUUAUGUUGUUUUAGGUCAGAAGACGAAAACCAAGUUGUUACAAAAUAUUUAACAUUGCUGUUCUUUGGCAGAGCAACAGCAGAAGAUGUCAAAACAAUGCUAGCAGAUUUACGUCAUAAUGAAAGGUUUUAUUUACCAUGGGAUCGUCUUUUUAAUAUUUCAGCAGAUGGUCCUAAUAUUAACAAAGCCAUUUGGAGAUUGUUAAAUGCUGAUCUUCAUAGUAAUGGUUUUAAUGGCUUGUUACCAUUUGUAAGUUGCACUUUGCACACAGUGCAUAAUGCUUUUCGAAAAGCAAUUAAUGUUGUCAGUGAGGAUGCUGAGCAGCUUGCAUUUGAUUUACAUACCUGGUUUAAGGUAAUGAUUUCAGUAAUUUUAUACAGUAGAAUCCCAUUAAUUCGGACCCUGGAUAAGUUGGAAACAAAAGGAGUAUAAAAGACACUGACAAACAACAAGUGUUAUAUUCGGAUUCAAAGAAGUCUUAAGGAAACUGAAAAUGAGUUACUUGUGUCCAUCAAAUUCCUUAUUGGUUUAGCUCCCUUGUUUGAGAAAUACUUGACAAAAUUUCAAGAUGAAGGACCACUUGUUCAUGUUUUAUUUUAUAAAAUGAAAAAUCUUUUAAUAUCUUUAAUGAAAUGUUUUCUUCAGCCGACUGCUGUUAAUGGAAAGCUUACCAAAGAUCUUUUAAAAAUUGAUUCUUCUGAUUUAACUAUCCACCUUGAUUUGAAUAAAAUGGACUUUGGCUAGGAAGCUAAAAACCAGGUAAUUUUUGAUAGGUACACAUUUGCUACAUUUAC